AUGGAUAACCAAAAUGUCUACCGCGAUACUCAAAGAAAACGUGAGAAAAGAAAGAAUGAGAACUUUUAUGAACGCGAAACGCGACUUGCUCGAGAUCGUGAAAAAAAACGCGAAAAAAGGGCAGCAGAAACUACUGAAGAGCAGGAGAGGCAUUUGGCCAGUGACCGAAACCGAAAACGGCACAAGGAAAUGCAUGAAACUAAUGAAUUAAAUAUCAUUAAUGAGCAACUAAAUCAAAAUACGGAUCAACAGGAUGAGCUUAGUAAAACAGAAAGUAGCGUGACAACACGUGUCGAGCCACUCUCCGCUACUGUUCUCUGUAAUAUUGAUCGAGAUAUGUUACGAAAUUUUCGGAAUAAAAUGGAUAAACUCAAACAUACACUUUGCCCUACAUGCAACAAGAGGUUUCCAUCCAUAGUGCUCGUCAUGAGAGAAUGUCGUCGAUGUUACAGUGAGAAGACCUUACCGAAAAGGUUUUCAGCUGAUAACAACAUGGAUCCGGGAGAGGUACCUGAAGAAUUACAAAAUCUUACCGACAUAGAAGAAAUGCUUAUCGCACAAGUCUUUCCCGUAAUGUCAGUCUAUAAACUUCGUGGAGGGCAAUAUGGGUACCGUGGCAAUGUAAUAAAUUUCCCCCAGAAUGUGCAAGAGUUCAUCACUCGCCUUCCUAGACACCCAUCGUCAUUAGAUGUAUUAGUUAUAUUUCGUCAGUCUGCAAAUUCAGGAUCAUUCAGGGAUUUUAUUGUUCGGCGAGAUAAAGUAGCUUCUGCAUUGUAUUGGUUAAAAGCAAAUAACAUUUAUUAUGCUAAAAUUACUAUUGAUAAUGAAAUCCUUGAAUCAUUACCUACCGAUGGCACAAUCGAGGAUCAAAUUCCAGAUAAUGAAAUAAUUGCAGAAGAUCGUAUUCAAAAUGAACAUCGCCCUAUAGCCUGGCCACAUAUUAACGAUAAUCCUAUUAAUGAAUUUAGAACUCCAGGCUAUAUUGCAUGCGCAUUCCCAAUGCUCUACCCAACAGGAUGUGCUGAUCUUCGAUCAGAACGGAUUAGAGACAUCAGCCCAGCAGCAUAUUUUAAGCAUCUACUACAAUACAAAGAUGGACGAUUUGCACGCCACAAUCGUUGGCGGUACUUUGCAUUAAAUUCUUUAAUGCAAUGGCGGGCACUACAAGAAGGCAAAAUAUAUAUUAAACAACAGUUAGGUGACGAACAACUUACUGUUCAAGAAAUCCAGGAGAUGAUUGCUCAAGGCGAUAAACAUAUUGCUGAUCGUAUUAUGCGAUAUGGUGAGGGUUUACGUGAAUCACGGCAGUUUUGGAUGGCACGGCGUCGUGAAUUGUCUGAUAUGAUUAAGCAAAUAGGUUCGCGUGGGCUUGUGUUCUUUACGUUUAGUGCUGCUGAUUUGCACUGGCCAGAACUUCAUGAUCUCAUGCCAUCUAACGAAAACUCCACAGAAGAAACUGAAAUGACCAGGCAUUAUCAUCAGAAUGUAAUAAAUAACCCUCACAUCGUUGCCUGGUUCUUUAAUAAAUGCUUUGAAACUUUUUUAAAUGAUGUGUUGAAGCAUAGAUGGAAUUUAGAAGACUACUGGUAUCGAUUUGAAUGGCAGCACCGUGGCAGUGUACAUGUGCAUGGGAUCGGAAAAAUACGGAAUGCACCUGAAAUCGAAUGGAUGCGGAUGAAAGAAGAUGAAAAUGUAAUGGGAGAAGUAGUGAUGUACCUAGAUUCUUUAGUUACUACGAUUAAUCCGGGCCUCAAUGCACCUAUUCCAAAUUGCUACCCGUGUAAAAAGCGACUCAGAGAGCUUAGAGAUGACUUGCAAGAUUAUACAGAAUUGGUUAAUAAACUACAGCGACACAUGCGAUGUAGCCCCUCAUAUUGUCUUCGCGUAAACAAAGCAGGUCAACAAUUGUGCAGGUUUGGUUACCCUAAAGAAAAUAGUGAUCAUACUAUUGUGCAUGACGAUGGAAAUGGCCAACCUGAACUCAUAACGGUGAGAAAUGAUCAAUAUAUUAACAUGCACAGCCGACUUCAGUUACAGGGUUGGCGAGCAAACAUAGACUUAAAGCCAAUUCUUAGUCUUCAUGCCGCUUUGCAAUAUAUCUCUAAGUAUGCAAGUAAAGCAGAACCACAAUCAGCAACAUUCUCUGAAAUAUUAAAUCAGAUCCUUCGAAAUAGCAACCCUGAUGAUCAAGUAAUAUCAUCA